AGCUAAUACAGAGUAAAGACAGGCAGUGGAAAUCUACGGCUUUUCUUGCAGAUUUUUAUUUUCCACUAUUCACAAAAUAACUAUUACUAUCAGAUAUGGCAAUGGAUAUAAGGGAUAUAAAUUCAAUGAAUUAUGAAUCAUUUUUGGAUGUUUUUGGUAAUGUUGUUGAGAAGUGUCCUGUGAUUGUUGCAGCUAUUUGGUCAAGAUGCCCAUUUUUGUCAGUUUCUGACAUGGAAAGCAGUAUAGCUGAAUUUAUAGACUCGUUACCUCAGUCAGGCAAAGAAGGAAUCCUCAGAUGUCAUCCUGAUCUGGCAGGAAGAGACCUUCUGAGUGGCAAAGUGACAGCGGAAUCACAGGGAGAGCAAAGACAAGCAGGCCUUGCGUCCCUGUCCCCUGGGGAGAUGGAGAGAAUGAAGCAGCUCAACUCUCAUUACAAGAACAAGUUUGGUUUUCCUUUUGUUAUCUGUGCUAGAAUGAGCAACAAAGCACAAAUCUUUCAGGAACUGAGUGUCAGAGUUAAUAACCCACCUUCACAGGAGCUACUAAAAGGCAUCGAGGAAGUAAAAAAAAUCUGCCACCUCAGAAUACAAGCCAUAGUAAGCACAUCGACCCAGCCAACCAAACUGUAGACUAAUUAAUCUUAAUAUGAGGAAAUUAAAAAAAAAUGUCUAAAGCUAAAAAUUAAUUAAGGCGAUGCUAUGUCUACUGAGUUUGCUCUUUGUGCAUCUUUCUUUGUUGCUUCAUUUCAUAGUUUCCUUGGUGUGCAAAUAUGUUUGCAAUUGCAAGAUAUGUAGACCUUUUCUAGUUUAAUGUUAACCUAUUUAAAUUGAUUAUUUUAAUCAUUUUCUGUGUUACUUAUACUGCUGUAAUUAAUUUGUACAAUGUUCUUGAUAUUUACAAAAUAUUUAUUAAUAUCUAAUAAAGGAGUAUGCUUAUUA